UGACAGGUGACAUGACAGACAAGAAAUAAUUUCUUGCGCAUUUGUGGUUCGAUCGCUGGAAUUAUUUGGAAUUACCAAAGUUAAAAGCAGAUUUUUCCUUAAAAAGUGUAGAACUAAACAAAAUAUGCAGGGGCUAAGCAUUCAAAGCUUGAAGAAGCAUAAGGCUUUAAUUCCACUGUUUGUGUGUGUGGGUCUGGGCUGCUGCGCCUCCGGGUUCUACCUCCUCAGACUCGCCACCCGCUCCCCUGAUGUAAGCUGGAACAGGAAAUCUAACCCUGAACCGUGGCAGGAAUACAGGAACAAGCAAUACAAAUUCUACUCUCCAAUCAGAGAUUACUCGAAGGAAGAGUCCCCAGCACCUAAGUUCUAAAUGUAUUGCUUAACGUGUGUCAUCAGCAAUGUAUUACGAUCCUAGAUGAUUUUAUUUAAUUAAUAGAUAUGUGAUAACUUUA